GGAACAAGAUGGAGAGAGGGAGGAAGAAUUUAAAGGAAAUGAGGAACUUGAGUUUCAUGAUGAUGAAGAAGUUGAAAAAGAACGUGAGGAGAAAGAAGAAGUGACAGAAGAAGAAGAGGUGGAAGAAUUUAAAAGAAGAGAGGAAUGUGAGGAAAAAGAGGAAGAAGAAGAAAUAACGGAACAAGAUGGAGAGGAGGAGGAAGAAAUUAAAGGAAAUGAGGAACUUCAGUUUCAUGAUAAAGAAAUAGAAAAAGAACGUGAGGAGAAAGAAAAAGUGACAGAAGAAGGAGAGGUGGAAGAAUUUAAAGAGAAUGAGGAGCUUAAGACUGGUGAAGAAAAGGAAGAGAACGACAGAACAGAGACAGAAAAAGAGGAAGAAAGAAAUGAAGAAGACAGAGAGACAGAAGAACAGAUAGAUGGAAUCAAAGAACAAGAAGUGGAGACGCUGAAUGAAGCAAAGACAGAAAGAUGUGAAGAACAUCAAGAAUCAGAGAUGAGAGAGGAGCCAUCUGAGGAACCAGGAGACCAGUCAGACUCCCAGAGGUCUUCGCCUCCACAGGACGCUGGAUUUGCCUCAACUCAAGCAGAUGAUGCCAAAAACCCCGGCGAGGACAUUUAUCCCACAUGGCCGAGCAGCGACAAAGAGGCCGAGGUGGACCCUCUGAGCUGCUCUCCAGGCUGGACCUGUCAGGACGGAGCUUCAGAAGAUCAGCUUCACACUUCACUGUCUGCAGGUGGAUCAUCCUCCAGACUGCUCACAGAGCUGCAGGCUUCAGGUUGCAGGUCGGAGGAGAAAACUGUGACGCCAUCGAUGGAGGAGGAAAACCAAGAGUCUGGUCAAAGCCAGAAGUCAUCGAGCAAAGAAAACCCAGAGAGGCCAGAGACAGAAGGAGAAGGAAAGAAAGACGAAGGAGGAGGAAUCUCUCUAAAGAUGAACGGAGAUGCAGCAGACGACGAGAAGAAAGGUCAGACGUCCAAGUACAAAACUGUGUCCUACAGGAGGAUCCGCAGAGGAAACACCCGGCAGAGGAUCGACGAGUUCGAGGCCAUGAUGAACUUGUGAUGAUGUCAUGAUGAACUCAUGAUGAAGUCAUGAUGAAGACAUUGAAGCACCGCUGUUAUAAGAGUGAUAGAGAAUAGAAAAUAGAAGUUUUCUGAGUUUAGGCCUUCCUACUCCACACAGGACAUUUAACUUUAUCCGCACAAACACAAUGUAACUAAUUUCUAGUGAAUGUGAACUUCACAGUGUGAUAAUCACUCUUGUAUCAUAUUUAUGAUUUAAUUUAAUGACAUUAAAAAGCUCAAAGCGUCACAGAACUCCUUUUGUUCUCAUUAACUACUAAAACCAGAUUUCUCUCCAUGUGUUCAAACCUCACAAAAGUCCUUUAGAGGCUCCAGAUUUAGACUAUAUGAAUACAAACUGAUGACUGUUAUUUUCAUUUAGCUUUCAGGUUUUUAUCAAACGUUUGGGGUCAUUUUAUAUUUUGGAAAGAAAAUCAUUUAUUUUUCAAUGAAGAUAGCAUUAAAUGAAUGAUAAAUCCAGUGUAGACAUAGUAAAUGUGGUAAAUGACUGUUCUAACUGGAAAUGUUUAAUAGAAUAUCUCCAUAGGGGUACAGAGGAACAUUUCCAGCAACCAUCACUCCUGUGUUCUAAUGCUACAUUGUUAGAUAAUGGUGUUGAAAGGCUCAUUGAUGAUCAGAAACCCCAUGUGCAGUAUUGUUCUAUGCUGUUAAAUUGGUGCCAUAAUGAAUCCU